AGGAAACGGUGGGCCGAGCCACAGAUCCGGGUUCGGUCGGACUCACCACGCAGCCGAGGUGCUGACCGGCCGGUAUAUUAACCCUCCACCCGGUUGUGUUGUUGCCCGUCGACAAAGAGAAAACCAGAGGCACGAUGGCGUCGUCGCGCUCCCCCUCGCCUCCCUCUUCUUCUUCUCCACCGUAUCCUAGUGCCGAGAGGUUCUCGGACUCCCCUUGCUUCCUCCAGUACACCGCUUCUCUCAAGUGCCUGGAAGCUAACCAGGACAAGGGCAAAUGUCGACAACAAUUUGAUGAUUACAAAGAAUGCAAGAAGAAAGAGAGGGAGGCCAGGUUAGAAAGAAAUCGGAAAAAAUCUUUCUUCUCGUAGAUGGAGCAGCAGUAAAUAUUUUCAUGUAGCAAGAUCUCAUAGUUGUCUUCCACUGUAUGAAACCCAAAAACCUGUUUAUUACAUGCAAGAAAGCAGUGUGUUUCCACAAUAAUGUCAGAUGAUUUUCAGCCAGUUACCACAAGUAUGCUAGUGGCUGACAUCACUGGCAACGAAGACCAAGAACACUAUUUCCAUCUUUAGUUUUCAUUUCAUUUACACAUGUAUGAAGUUUAAUGUAUACUGAUCCUUGGAAACUGCUGUGCUGUAACCGUUUUCACUUGGAGCAACUUAUUUUUUUAUUUUUUUAGGCAAUACCGAGAAACAGAAUAAUGUGAUGUAUUGUGUUUCAUGGCCUAAGAUAGGAGCAAAUAUUGCUGUGCUGGUUUAUAAAAAUAUAGUACCACAAGUCUCUUACGGGAUGGAUUUCUAGAAUCUCAUAGUUGUUAGAGGUUUGUUUUCA